GUGUGAGGAGUCGCUGGAUGCGCGUACUGGUGAUAAUAAAUGCUUCUUUGGCCCCCCAUCGGCGAAUUUCUCGAUGAUGAUGUGCGGAUGCGAGGGCGCCGUGCCCACCGUAGCCACUAGAGGUGCAGUGCAGUGCGAUGUGUCCGGAGCGGGAGUGAGGGGCGCGGAGGGGAGGCCCUGCUGAGCGCUGGGCGGCGGCGCGGGCGGGCACGUCCGACCUUCUUCCUGUACCAGCAGUGUUUUCCAGCUGUACCGGAGCUGGACACACCACCUGGUUGUGGCCCGAACUCUGGGAUUUGCCCGUUAUUUAUUGAAUUAUUUAUUCGAACGCUUUCCGAGCGUUGGUCCCUUUAAGGCCUCGCGUCCGGCCGCGGCGUGACGCCCGAAAACUUUUUAACAGAACGAAACAAACGACACCAAUUUGAAACACGGAAUAGUGUUGGAUUACAGGUGAACGGUGCAGUGAAUUGUGUAGUUGCAUUUGAGUGAUAAAGAGCCACGAGACAAAACGUGGAAGGAAUCUAAAGAGACAGUGCGUGGAAUGAGGACCAGUUGUGGACGAAGCUGGCCCGGCAGAAAAGUUUGCGAAGUGAACUAAAACUUUUAACGUAAAGUACCGCACGAGCCACGUGUCUCUACUUCACGUCUGUGAACGUGCCGUCUCGUGAGUAUUUGUGUGAGUGGUCCUGGAAACAGGUGUCAUUUGACACUCCCUUUUACUUAUAUGAGAGUGAACUUCAGUGAAAAUAAGACAGAACGUCAGUUGGAAUGAUAUUAUCCAGGAGAGCGCGGAUGGGCGCCUCUACGAUGCUUCCCAAUCACACCACUCAUGACAACUUCUACUGACUAUGUUGGGCUGGGCCCGUGUGUGCAGGACCCGGCAUGGGUCAAGAUGAGUUCCCCGACCCCGGCCGUGUCCAAGAAACGCAAGAAGCCAGAUACCAAGCCUCAGUCACAAAUCAACAAGUGCCUUAAUGAGAAGCGUCGUCGAGAGCAGGAGAACACGUACAUCGAGGAGCUGGCAGAAUUAAUCCAAGCCAGCAUCGCCUCUGACAUGAGCUCGCUCUCUGUCAAGCCGGACAAGUGCGCCAUCCUGCAGCAGACGGUCAACCAGAUCCGGCGCAUCAAGGCGGCGGAGGGGGCGGGGGAAGGCGCGGUGCAGCAGGGCGAGGUGUCCUCCUCCAAACCCACACUCCUCCCUAGCCAGCGACUCGGCCCGCUACUUCUCGAGGCUUUAGAUGGAUUCCUGUUCCUCGUAAGCACUGAAGGAAAAAUAGAAUUUGUGUCAGACAAAGUGAGCUAUUUCAUCAAGUUUACCUCAGAAGACUUGACUGGAAAAAGCAUCUACAACAUUAUCCACGUUGGAGACCAUGCUAAGUUCUCCUCAUCUUUUAUGUCAAUAGGUAAGCUAAAAAAAGUACCUUAUCUUAUGUUUGAAAGAAUUGGUGAACAAUUUGAAGAUUUAAUAGCCCCAGGAGAUAUUGGGAAGGUCACAGGUCACUUGGGAGAAGCUUUGCAUUCAGGCCAAGCAACAUCCCAGGUGUAUCGUGUAAAGGUUGGAGGAGAUAGAUUUAUACGAGUACAGACAAAGUCAAAACUUUUCCGUGAUACAGACGGAACUCAACCAGAAGGGAGCUUCAUCAUGGCAACACACACGAUAAUUGGACCCUUCCAAGAAGGUGGUGCAUCAGCAACUUCAGAUAGACUGCUUGCAGGUACCUCUGGUAAUGGUGGAAGUGUUCUUGAUGAGUCACAAGGUGGAAGACCAAGUAGUACAGGUGGUGUUGUUGAUGACUCUAGUGUAUCUUUUGGUGAUAAUGGACGCUUAAGAAGACUUCUUAGUCAUGGUGAUGAUAGUGGAGACCUGUCUUCUGCUGAUGGUCCAAAUAAAAUCCUCAAAGACCUUCUAAACCAAAAAGAUGAGGAUGAUACCCAAGGUGGUGGGGCUGGUAGUGGAGAUUCAAUACGUUUGUUUCAUCGUAUACCCCACCUAGAAUCUAAGCCAAACACCACCUCGUCACCUGCAGCAAAUUCUAGGGAUAACAACAUGCUUAGAGAACUGCUGAACAAUGAAGAUGAAGAUAAUGAAAAGAAAAGCAGCGAUGACAUCUGGGAGUUAUUGAACACACCAGAGGACAAGAAGCCAGACCUUACAUCUGAGUUCCGGCCACCCCAGGGGCCUCCUGGGGGACCCAUGCAGACUGUCAAUUCAACGUCUUCGUCAUCCACUCCCAAUACUUUAUCCUCCACUUCAUCAAGUAAUCCCCAGCCUCUGAACUCCAGUGGAGUGCCACCAAGACCCCCAAGUAGAGACAUGCUACCAGCGUCAAAUAUGUUGCGAGGAAUGAAACGUCCAAGUGAUGAACCGCAUGAUGGGAACCCAAAUAAACAUCAGGUACUUGGUGCAUUUGAAACCAUGCUAGGUCCUUCACCACCAGCUACUUCCAUGAGUCCUGCACCAGUGCAACAUGGAGGGCCUCCUACUCCACAUGGGGGUCCAUCCACACCUCAUGGCCCUCCAACUCCCCUAGGUGGACCCCCAACACCACACGGAGGCCCCCCAACUCCUCUUGGAAAUAAUACUGGUGGGAAUAUAGGGCAUGUAGGAUCAGGGUCGAGUCCUAAUAAUCAAGGGCAGUCAAAACUCUGGGAGAAGAACAAAAUGUUGGCAUCUCUUCUUGCAAAAGAAAGUCCACAUUCAAAUCCUCCUCGACAAACAACACAGAAUGUAAAUCCAGAAAGCCUGCCUCAAGAAAAGCUUCCAAAGAUCUUAAAAGACAAGGCACAUCCGUCUCCUACAUGGAUGUCUUCGGGUCCCAGCCAGUCACAGAUCCUGACUCAGAUAUUUGUCAAUGGGCCUGUACAACAUACAAACAUGAAGUCUUCUAAUGUGUCAUUGAACCAACAACACCCUCUUGGCACGCCAACAUCUGGAAAUUCAGUACCACAGAGCAACAUGACUUCCCAACACUCCACAAAUGCUCACGGAAGGUUGGGGAUGAAUAAUGUUCCCAUGAAUAGUUCUGUAUCAGUUCCAACCUCCCAUGGUGGUAUGUGGGACAUGGGUGGUAAUAGCAAUGUCUCAGUGGCAGCCUCGUCUGUUUCUACCAAGACGACCACUGCCCUGCCAUCUUUUAUAGAUGCCAUGCCUCGUAAUCCUAUUGGGGAUGUGAGCAGUAGUUAUUCUGAAGGAGGUCUACCACCCAUAACGACUGCUGCUCAGUUUCUAUCAACUCCAAACAAUGCUGAUGACUUUCUUCCUGAAAGUAUUCUUAAUGAUAUCAUGGAAAUGACAAACAUAUUUCCUGCAAGUGGUUCAACAGAUGAAGUUGGACAGCCCCCUUCAAUAAGCUCAGAUGAAGUGCACCGUCCUCCUACAUCCUCCUCUUACAAUUUAAUGGAGAUUCAAAAGAUCAAGGAGAGCCUCAUCUCAGACUUCGAUACGCAAGCUGCUCCAGCAGUAACUGGUCCGGGUUCCUUGCCGCCUUAUACUGCUGUUGCUUCUGCCUCUUCCAUUGGUAACUACCCACCUCCAUACACCCAGCGGACGCGGUUUCCAAAUGCAGGUCCUACUGGUGCGCCUGGUGGAGGGACUAAUGUAGUAGGGAGUAUGAUUAGAUCAAGUAAUCAACAGUUUUCUCCUGGGAGUCCUCGACCUAAUAUGAGCAACCAGCGAACAACACUUAUGAGACAGCAGGAUAUGAGAAAACGGCUUAUACAACAACAACAAAAUCAGGUGCUGGUGCCCACACCUGCUUCAGAUGUGACCCAGCCUCCAACUUCAUACCAGAACAUGGAUGACUUGUUUAACAACACUAUUGCACCAAAUGUGAAUGUCACUCUCCAG